CGCGCCCUCUCUCUCUCUCUGAACGCAACAGCUGCAUAGUGAGUGAUUUGCAAACAUUGAAAGCAAGGCAUUUCGUCCGGCUAACAAUUGGCUAACUCAGCUAAUCAGAUUUCCAGAAAGAAAGAAGCUACCAAACUAACCCCCCAUAGAUAUUAUUAGUUACUAUAGCGAUUGUUGGCACACAAUAAGAAUACCUGACGAAGUCUGAACAUAAUGGUAGGUAUGGAGGGUUUUGCCUGUCAGGACAAUUCCUCUGUGUGAAUCACAAGAAAUCAACUGAUCAAGUUUAUGCCCCAUUACCUGGCAGUGACUGGCAAGCCUCGACUGCUUCUCAUGUACAGGAUGGAUCAUACGGGUUUACUGCAACUCUUGGCAUAUGUACUGUGCUGAAAAUUAAAAAGUCUGUUAGGAAAAUUUGCUAAGUUCCAUGGAGUGUUGUGUAAUCUGAUGCAUGAUUUCCUUUAUGACUAUUUCAAAUGAAUGACUCUUCUUUCACAUGUCUUGUAACAUCCAUCAUAUUGUUUCAUACAAGCUUUCAGUUGAAACUAAAUAAGAAAGAAAUACCCAAGUAAAUUCCUGCUGACAUGCCUACCCACCCAUUGAUCCCAUAUGUGGAAAGUCCUGACGGACUAGGUCAUGACAUUCUCAGCCACAGUAGCGCAAGCAUGCCUGGUACUGGAUCUAGCAUGACGCCCCACGCCAGCGUGGUGGAAAAACUAGACACCCUGGCAGAAAGUAGCCUACCUCUAGACUGCAUGUUUUGUGAGGAGACUUUCCUGCAUCAGGAAGACCUAGGACCACACCUUCUUUCCCAGCAUCCCACAACAUUCCACGCUCCCGCGGUGUUGCGUGUGGAAGCGGAAUUCUUAACUCCCAGCGAAAGGGCUCGUUCUAAGACCUGCCCAGCUGUGGAAAAGAAUGAGGAGCUCUGUUGCGUUGUAUGCGGCCAGGCCGUUGCAGAUGCGACCGAGCUGGAAACGCACAUGCGGAAACACAAGGACUCUUUCACGUACUGCUGCGGCCUUUGCGGGCGUCGUUUCAAAGAGCCGUGGUUCCUAAAGAACCACAUGAGAACCCAUGGUGGAAAAGCUAAAAACAAAAACCAGGACCUGGAGAUCCCAGCCACCGUUAAUGACGUCAUCCAAGACCAGCCCCUAUCACCGGUGGUCACGUCGUACAAAAUGUGCAUGGUAUGUGGCUUCUUUUUCCUGAACAAGGAAGUUCUGGCUGAGCACAGCAAGGUGCAUAAUCGUGAACCGGAAGUGGAUGAGAUCGUCUCCGAAAGCCAACCUCCUGAGGAGGUUCCUGUAUCUCAGAAGGCGUUUUUGCAGAAUCUACAGUUGCAUCCUUCGGAUGCGAGAGAAGAAGCUGAAAGGAGUCAUCCGUCUGGACGCUGGAUAUCCCAACUUGAUCCUUUCAACACCUACCAAGCUUGGCAGUUGGCCACCAGGGGCAAGAUCGCAGCAGGUCCGAACUUGGCCAAGGAGCUCAACGCGGACUCCAACUCUGAUAACGAGGACUCCGGUUCUGAAAAAGAGGAACUGGGGGCCAUUUGGGCUUCUGGCGGUGGAGACAAACCCAGGCGAGGCCUACGAAGUGAACUCAAGCCUAGCGAGACUCCUUCCCCAUCACCUGAGCAAAAGGGUCUGAUUCGUAAGGACAAGCCAACAAACUGCGAAGAGUGUGGCAAGAUCUUCCGGACGUACCAUCAGUUGGUCCUCCAUUCCCGAAUCCACAAGAAGGAACGAGGGGGAGCAGAUAGUCCCACCACACCUGUAGAUGGGAGGGCCCAAAGCGUAGGCUCUUGUAGUAGUUCUUCUCUUGACCGAGCCGAGGAGUACUCAGAGGAUGGCUCCGAAGAGGGAGUGCCAGUUGACGCCUUUAAUCCAGAAAAAAUUGAGGAAGGAUCGGGAAAAAUGAAGCUGAAGAUUCUUGCACCAAGAAAGUGCAGUUACUGUGGCAAGACUUUCCGCUCAAACUAUUACCUCAAUAUUCAUCUCAGGACACAUACUGGUGAGAAACCGUAUAAAUGUGAAUAUUGUGACUACGCCGCGGCACAGAAAACGUCUUUGAGGUACCAUCUAGACAGACGCCACAAGGACAAACCUUUCACAGAAAUCCCGAACAUUCCCGCCACGUCAUCUGCUAGAAAUAUCAUCAAGGCUAUUGAACCUCCCAAGAAUGUAGAUGACAAACAAGCCCUAAAACCAGCCAAACAGUGGCUUGCUCCUAAACCUCUGCCUGUCAGUGUUAAACAUGAACCAGGCAUGAGCCAGGCCGUUAUUAGCAGCACAAGUCCUUCCAUUCAAGUCAAGCAAGAGAAUGUAAGUUCUCCCGCCGCAGCUCCCUACACCCCUGUGGGCGAGGUCAACAAAAAAUACCCGUUACCGGUAAACCCGAAGAUGGAGGAUAAGGAGGCUACGGAAGCACCUUUGAAUUUAUCCCUCAAAGUGCCACUUCCUGUAUCUGCUACCUCAGUACCCAGAAACCUGUUACCGACUAACACAUGUACCUCUUGCUCCUAUGAAACCCUUUAUCCUGAGGUUCUCCUGAUGCAUAAAAAGCUCAUCCACAAGGAGAAGUUGGAUGUCAAGAAGAAUGGAUACAGACCUCAGAAACUGAAACGGUACACUGGUUGCCCGCCGGCGCUGGAGGGCAAAGACGUCACUCCUUUGCCCCCCUUCAACAGAAAGCAGACCCGUCGGACCAAAUCCCCAUUGCGCCAACCUGAAAAACUUACGGAGAAGCUUCCGAAACCACCUCAGAUGUCUAAGAUUUCUCCUGCAAAAGAGCGCUGGAGAGAUCAGCACCAGGAGGGUCAACGUGGCAGGGAAUCAGAUGCAACCAGCUCGCUUUCUAGAAUCCCAGAGCAAGAAUCUAGCAGAAAAUUAAACACGUCAUUGGUGAUCGAUCGAGAGUUGAGUGAUCGAUCCAAGCAGAGGCCUGGCCUGGAUCAUGAGGUGAAUCAGAGGGCAAGCAUGGGCAAAAACGGAAUGGUUUGGCCCACGGAUCCAGCUAGACUUUGCCUUUCGGACCGUUUCCGAAACUUAACGCAAACGGAUGUCGGCGAACCCUCUAGCAAGAGGCACAAGUCCUUUGAGCCUUUACAUACUGCAUCCGGGUGGCUUGGAGAGGGUUUCAACCGACUCGUGCCCUCCGGGAGAAAUGCGAAAACCUCAUUGCAGGCGAACUCGCCCAUGGCAUCUGUUAAGGUGACUCCCACGGCGUCUCCCAACAGCAUGCAGGCUGACUGGAAUGUCAUCGGCCUGCUCCGCACCUGCACGCCCAACAACCUCUAUCACCCCGCCGCCGCAGGGUCCAGCCAUGUCAUGGCCUCACCUGUCACUGGGAACAGGUCCUUGAUCUUCCCUCAUUACUCCACAAGCAUGACUCAGAGGAGAAUCCAAACCAGCCCUCUGAGUAACGAACGCUGUGGACCUUCAGAUAAGAGCUCUUAGACCUAUCCAGGCUUCGAAAAAUGCUUCGGCUAGGAGGAAAGUUUAACUGAUUCGAUGUUGCUCACUGUUCUUCAGACACUACCGCUGAAGGGUUUGACGUGUUGGAAGGAUGUACUGUGCGGAUUACUCUAGCCUUGGCAGACCGAAACUUGGACUGCGGCCUUGAACAGUGUUGUUUUUGAUUCAAUUUGCAUUCCAUUACGGCAAUAGAUUCAUCUGCGGUGCACUUAACACAAAACCGAACGUCAGACGCACUCCGUGCAUGACAGUUGACUCUGUGAAUCUGUUGCGGGUCGUUGGUUUACGAUGACGGCCUAAAUACUAAUCAAACCACGAGCCCGGCAAGUGCCUCCAUUACUUUUUAUUAAAAGCCUAAGCGGAUUAAAAUGCACGAGUGGACGGCACUGACCAAAUAAACAAAGAGGGGCGCUGUGUUUUUUGUUUUGCUUUCCUCUAAUCGUGUCUAUAUUGUUAAUGUUUAACAUCUCUUUUGCAGGUCAACUUUAUGCUAUGCACAGAACAUUAGAAACCUUCUCAUGUGUACAAAAUCUAGCUGCUGUGUUACCGUCUCGGACGCGAGACUUUUGAAGCAAUGGUGACGUACUGUGUACUGUUGUGUAGGUACAUUUAAAAGUAAAAUAAAGAAAUGCAGGGACUGCGUGAAACCUCUUUCACUGUGACAAAGACAUUCAACGGGAUCCUCAGGAUUGAUGAGAAACAUAACUGUGAUUUUUGCGCCUUUGCCUCCGAGUGCGUGGCGAGCGUUUUUGUUGUGAUUGUUACGUUUUCAUACGCCAGAAUGUUUUUGUUAUUGUCUUUUUUUUUUUUUUUUUU